CGCCCGCGACUCUUUUAUAGCCAUACCCGCAGCCCGGAGUCGCCAGAAGCGGACGACACUCGCGCUGAGCGGACGAACACACAAAAAGUCAUAAUUAUUAUAACAAUCAUGAAGCCACUGUGCAUCUUUUUUGUGAUCGCUAUCUCCAACGCCAUGGCGAUGCAGAUCAGGCCUAAACGGCAGUCCACCCAGUCCGAAGACACAAACGACUUGGAAGACCGCUACGGUUGGCAGGCGCAGGGCAGGCCACAGUGGAAUCAGUUUCCGGGACAGAAUCGAUUCCCUGGACAAAACCGAUUCCCGGGACAAAACCAAUUCCCUGGGCAGAACCAAUUCCCUAGUCAGAACCAAUUCCCAGGGCAGAACCAGUUUCCUGGACAGGGUCAAUUUCCGGGACAGGGGCAGUUCCCAGGACAAGGACAGUUCCCGGGACAGGGCCAAUUUCCAGCACAGGGACAGUUCCCUAACCAAAGCCAAAACCAGCAGUCGACUGCAUCUCCUAUUAAUGCAAAUAGCAAUACUGCAAGCCAGGACCAGUGCAUCAGCACGUGUCCCGUGACGGCGGAGUACAACCCGGUGUGCGGCACCAACAUGGUGCAAUACCCCAACCCGGGCCGGUUGGCCUGCGCCCAAUCGUGUGGCGUCAAUGUAUCCUUGCUGAGGUCGUCGCCGUGUCCGACGACAACUACCGCUGCACCAACAAGCCACACCCGCGACACAUCUGCUCCAGACACCCCAGAGACUCUGACUGCUCUCCAAAGUAAACAUCCGCCGGCACCCGCAGUACCAGACCUUCCCGAUCCUCCUAGUCCAGCCUUACCAUGCCUACAAUGCUCGGAAGACGCAGUCCAAAUAGCCAUCGCGUCUUUCAAAAAUGGCUCUGCAGGCGGCUUAGAUGGAAUAACCCCACAACAUUUAAAAGACCUAACUUCAGGUGUCGGCUUACCAGCAUUUCUGUCCUCAGUACAUAGUACGCUCACCCUCGUAGGCAAAAUCCUUACGCCAUCACUCCGUGGUUUCGAGGUAGCGUACUUGUCUGAGGCAGAAGACGCCUGGAAAAUAGCCUGCCCUGGAAGAGACCUACCCAUAGAUAAAUCAGUUCAGAGAAUCUGGGAUCAACCUAUCUGCACACAAGUACAUUCCCACAUCCUAAACUCUUGCUCCACCAGCCAGGAAAAAGCACGCAUCCUGGCUGUUUCGGAAAGAGAAUCCGGCUCCUGGUUACAUGCUCUCCCCUCCUCCAACUUUGGAACAUUACUCGACAAUAAUACCCUCAGGCUGGCUGUCGGUCUUCGCCUAGGAUCCAACAUUGUCUCACCCCAUCGCUGCCCCUGCGGAACUUUUGUGGACAGCCUUGGACACCACGGUUUAUCGUGUUCUAAAAGUGCCGGCCGCCUAUCACGCCAUGCCUGCCUUAACGACAUCCUCCGUCGGGCCUUCGUCAGCGCCAACGUCCCAGCCAUUCUCGAACCACCUGGCCUCGCGCGCGACGAUGGCAAGAGGCCCGACGGAAUGACCCUUGUGCCCUGGAGUGUGGGACGGGCCCUUAUUUGGGACGCAACGUGUGUGGACACCCUGGCACCGUCUCACCUCGGUUCAACAUCAUUGAGAGCGGGCGCGGCGGCCGCAGCUGCUGAGGCAGCAAAAUGCCUGGCAUUGGUCUGUUUGAGCAGAUCAACGUUCAGCCGUAGUUGGGUCAGAUUUGAUGACGAAGAUAUCGGGUCGUGGGAAGCAGACUCCGACGAUGAUCGGCCAGAUUCCAAAUUUAAAUAUUAUGGCGAACCGGCCUCUGAGGAAAGUUAUGAAGAUUAUGAUGGAUAUGCUCAUGGAUAUGGAAAUGAUGCACAUACUUUGAAUAAUCAAGCAUAUCACAAUGAACGACAUGGUCAUGCGUUUGGUUUUGAUCAUAAUCAUGGCAAUCAUUAUCAAUAUCAUGACGAACACGGCUAUAAACACGAACACAAUAGUCAAUCUGGUUAUUCGGGACAAUCCGGUCAAUAUGGAGGGUCACACGUACAUCCAGGCGGAACUCAUGCUCAAGACCAGCAUUGGGGUUUUUAUGGGCCUCAUAGUGGAUCCGGAUCUUAUGGUACACAUUGGGGCUCUCACGGACAUCCUAGUCAACCCGGAUCUGGUCAACCCAGCCAAAACAGCGGUCCUCCUCGGGGUUUACCUCAAAACAAUGUAAUCCCACCUCAACGUUCUUCGAACGAUGCCGACCGCGUGGUGUUUCCCGAUUUUAACAACCAAGUUCCUACAACUAGGGCUCCGGUUCCAACCCGACCAGUUAUGACCAGUACGACUACCGCUCGGCCUACCACGACAGACCGGACGCUGCUGGAUCUAGUCAUCUGCAUACGAGGCUGUCCGACCACGUCGGAGUACAACCCAGUCUGCGGGACCAACAACGUCACCUACAACAACCCUGGGGCCUUGCAGUGUGCUAGAAACUGUGGGAUCAAUGUGGGAGUAGCCCGCCAGGCGCCGUGUCCGCGUGCCGUCCCACAGAUCCCACAACCUACCAGCACAGCCAGGCCCAUCACCAAUCCAACCACCAGAACCACAGUUUCUGGGCAAACCACACGGGCCACCCCCGUCGCUAGACCAACCACAGUGAGACCCACAGCAGCACCUGUGAACCCUACACGGUUCACCAACAUCGAUGUCAACAGACCUAGUCCAACGAUACCCCUUGAUAUUUUACAGAGUGUAUUCGGUACUGCCUCGCAGACUACCACUAAAGACGAUGAACUUGAAUUCGAUAUUGAUAAGCGAAUGAACCCUUAGAUUAGAUAAUUAAAUUAUUUUAAAUUAAUAAAUGCAUCCUAAUCGACUUUCUU